CUGAAGCGCCACCCAAAACCCCAAGCUGCUCAGCACAGCAUCCAUGGCGAUGGCUUCCACCCUCCCGCUCCUGCUCGUGCACCGCUCCUCCCCUCCGACGAGACCCACGGCGCCACUCCUCCACUCCCGCCGCCUCGCCCUUCCUCCCCUCCCCGCGACAACCGCCGCCGUCGACCCGCGCAAGGGCGUCCGCCUUUCGAGGCUCCACGCCGCCGCCUCCUGCUGCGACUCCGCCUCCUCCGCCGCCGUCACCACCGGCGGAGCCGGAGGAGGAGGUGGGUCAUCCGGAGCAAAGGAUUGGCGUCUCCUGCUGGCCUGGUACCUGCUCGUUCUCGAUAAGCAUCCCAUCAUCACUAAGGCUGUUACCUCGGCCGUCCUCACUCUCACCGGGGACCUCAUCUGCCAGCUUGCGAUUGAUAAAGUGCCAGAGCUAGAUUUGAAGAGAACAUUUGUAUUCACAUUUUUGGGACUUGUACUGGUGGGACCAACAUUGCAUGUCUGGUACUUGUAUUUGAGUAAAUUAGUGACAGUCAGUGGAGCAUCAGGUGCAAUUGCUUGCCUCUUACUUGAUCAGUUCAUCUUCUCUCCUAUUUUCAUUGGAGUAUUUAUGACUUUGUUGGUCACCUUGGAGGGAAAGCCCUCUCUUGUAGUUCCAAAGCUCAAGCAGGAGUGGUUAUCAUCAGUAAUUGCAAAUUGGCAAUUGUGGAUACCCUUUCAGUUCUUGAAUUUUUACUUUGUCCCACAGAAACUUCAGGUUCUUGCUGCUAAUUUUGUAGCCCUUGCAUGGAAUGUGAUUCUGUCAUUUAAAGCACACAAGGCAGUUACUGUGGAAUAGUUGUUCUAGGUUCAGACAGAUUUGGAUCAGUGGAUAUAUAGUUGGCGACUACAAGGACGUAGCGGCGUGUUGUAACUACAGUUGGGCGAGCGAGCAAGCACAGCACAGCCUUCUUUUGCGCCUCUUGCAGUUGGGUGUAGAAAUUCUUAGGUUGUGAAUUAGCGUAGGGCGUGCUCCUUACUGGUAUUGCUGAACUGAAGGCGGAAAAGCAAGUAACCGUUUGGCGUACCCGAGUUUGUGCCGUAUUGGCCAUGCAGCAAAGGCAUGAUGUUGCGAACCAUGUAUCUACUAUCUUGUAGAAGAUUAUAUGUAGGUGAGCAGGUUCAAAGUUUCUUUAUCUGAAGCAACGGUGUUUCAUGUUACCAAUGGUCUGUGCGACAGCUGCCUCAACUUAACUUGCUGUGGCGAACACAGUCGUAGCCUGUUUUUCUGUUUGAGCUUGCAAUCCAGUCUCCGGUGUAAGCAAGGUCGCUUUUGAUCCAGUUAAGCCGACAGUGAUCGAUGCGUGUACUGUGUAGCAUGAAAAACACAUUUCUGCCCUGGGUUUCCAAGGAUGUUGCUGUGAUGCGUAAAUGUUUAUUUAUGA